CAUAUAAAUCCAUACAUACCUUGUAUAAUAGAAUAAGAAAUCAAUAUCUAUGUACCAUUCAAGCCGUUUAAUCAACUGUGCGAAAUGCUAGAGAAACACGCGAAUGUAAUCUGUGGUGAAUUUAGGUGUUGGGUAUGCUCGAGGUUCGGUCGGAUAUUUUCGAGGUGAUCGAUUUUUUACCAUUGGCAAUUAACUAUACGUACGUUAUAGGGAAAGUGAUCUACAUUGCAUGUACCUUACCUAAGCUCAAGAUCCUGCUGAUGAAAAUAAAAGUGCAUUGGGCCUCCCCGAAGACGGACGAAGAGACUAUAAUUCUACGUUCUUAUGCAACAUAUGGACGAAAGUUUAGCUACGUGUUAACAGUUGUUACGUAUGGACAUGCCGGCGCAUGGCUAUUUGCGCAUCUGUUGGAGAAGUUGACGUACAUUGAAUCCAAAUCAAAUGGAACAAUAUUCGGUCCGCAACCAGUUGUUACGUAUGGACAUGCCGGCGCAUGGCUAUUUGCGCAUCUGUUGGAGAAGUUGACGUACAUUGAAUCCAAAUCAAAUGGAACAAGUGAAACAUUAGACAGCCAAGUGGGUUUACCUUUUCGCGUUAAUUACUUUGUCGACAUAAAUACGUAUUACGCCCUGAUUUUCCUACACACGGUCAUAAACGAAGUACUGUACUUGAAUUUUGUAUGUGCAGUCGAUGUUUUGUAUUUGACAUUUGUUGAAUAUUACUGCGGCCUGCUCGCAGCUCUGAGCUGUAUCAUGGAAAAUGCACACAAUUUGAAAGGCGGUGUCGACGAUCCGUUAAAGCACGUCACGAAGAACGGUAAAUCUUAUUCCAUUGUCGUUUACAGCAUUCAAAGACACACCGAGGCGAUACAAUUUAUUGAUAUCCUGGAGUCAUUGUACAGGCUACCCCUUUUCAUCCAUAUGGGUUGUAUCAUGUUGAUGAUAAGUAUUAUAGGAUUUCAGGCGAUAACAUAUGUCGACGACCUGAAUCGCCUUUCACAAAGUUGUGUUUAUCUUAGUGUGUGUCUUAUUGGUACAUUUUUCGAGAACUGGCAAGGUCAGAAAGUCAUAGAUUCCAAUGAAAAGUUGUACCAUUCCAUAUAUAACAUGAAAUGGUAUGAAAUGUCAUGUGCAGCAAAAAAGCUAGUAAUUUUGAUCAUGCUAAGAAGCUUAAGACCGACGCAGAUAACGGCCGGCCAGAUUAUCGUGAUGUCAUAUGAGAAUUUCAGUGCGGUAAUACGAAUGUCCUCGUCAUAUUUUAUGCUGCUGCGAUCUAUGCAAACUAUGUAAAAUAUUUUUAGAAAAUUCGCGAUUAUCGAAUUUCGCAGUUGGCUGAAUUAGUAUAAAGUAGAUAUCCAGUAGUAUAUCCAA